ACAUUAGUAAUCCCUUAUUCACGCCGGUGGGACGCCUGUCUCUCACUUCCCCUUUCUUCCCUCAAAGUUCAAACCCUUAUUCACAAACAUUUUAUUUUAUUUAUUUAUUUAAUUAAUUUAUUGAAUCGUGUGUGAUCUUAUUCACCAUAUUCAUCUUCGUCAUCACCAUCACCAUCACCAUGCAUUCUCUCAAAGAAAAAGUCUCGGACAAGAUUUACAACCUCUUUUCUACUUCUUCCACCCCUUCAUCUUCCUCGCCUCAGGCUAGCACAUAUGAUAAAGAGGAUAAAUCUUGGUCAUCAUAUUUUUCUCAUGUUAUCCCUUCAUUUCGCUUUGGUGGAUCCACGACAAGCAAGCACCAAGAUGAUCUUAAACACGUUCAAUCAAUUUCUGCUAGAUAUGAUCAAGAAAAUUUUAGAUAUCAGGAUAUUCCAAUGGAUGAAUAUGCUGAUUGUAAUGCACUUAAUACCCCAGAUCUAGUGAAAGAUGAAACUGAUGAAGAUCCUACCUCUAGAAGGAGCAGUAGCAGUUCUGAAGAUUUUGCAGAAGCAAAGGAGCAGCAAACACCAAUAGCAUCAAAAGAGCAUCCACUCAAACUUACUGAGGACUCGACUUUUAUUUCUUAUGAUUUGUAUGAAUUUUUUGAAUCAUGCAUACCUAAUUGCCUUGUGCAUUGAGUAGUAUUGUGCCAUACUUUGAAACAUGGAACAUCACUUCGCACACUUAUUCGCAAGAGUGCUGAACUCUCUGGUCCUGGUUUGCUGAUUGUUGGAGAUCGGCAAGGUGCUGUCUUUGGUGGGCUGCUAGACUGUCCUUUGAAACCUACAGCAAAGCGAAAAUAUCAAGGAACAAAUCAAACUUUUGUCUUUACUACUAUAUAUGGUGAGCCAAGGUUGUUUCGGCCAACUGGUGCCAAUCGGUACUACUACAUGUGUUUGAAUGAUUUGCUUGCACUUGGUGGUGGGGGUAAUUAUGCCUUAUGCUUACAUGAAGAUUUGUUAACUGGAACUAGUGGAACUUGUGAUACAUUCGGGAACAAAUGUCUUGCUCAUAAUCCAGAGUUUGAGUUAAAAGAUGUUGAGCUAUGGGGUUUUACACAUGAUUCACCUCGACCGUAAGACGGUUCUAUAUGGAUGUCCAAAAAUAUUCCCCCUUUCCCUCCCUCUUCUUCCAAACCCUUAUCUUUUUUAUAGUUUGCGAUAUAGUUCAGUAGUUAGAUCUUAGUGUCCUGAGUUCGUUAGAGGUGAUUUCUUGCCCCUCUAGUGAUUGACCAACUUGAUAUGAUGUUAGGUAUGUCCUUAAGUUGUUACUAGUAGAUUGUGUCAAUGUAUGCUUGAAAAUUCCAUUUUGCAAAAGAAAAUGUUUGGGCUUGUGGAAACUGGACAGGUCACAGAAUGAAGGUUGUAGAGUAGAAUGUAAUGGAUGAAUCUAUACACACAACUACUAAGAAGCAAACUAGGUGUAUCGAUGGUAAGUUUAUCUAGAAAAGUGACAAGGCAAUUCAAUUUUGUGGAUGUAAAGUAGUUGAUAAAAUUCAGAUUAUUAAAAGACAAAUGAAAAAGGUAAUUCAUAUAA